AUGAGAAGUGUGACGCCCGAGUCACGCUCACGCGUCUUGACACUCGAAAAAUGGCCACCAAAUCUAAGGCCGCGUCUGGCGCCAAUGCAUCUUUCAACGACAAGGGAAAGCCGAUGGAACUCCGGCUCUCGAAUAUGGUUGCGGCUAAGGGCAACUAUUAGCGACGCAGUCAGGACCUCUCUGGGCCCUCGCGGGAUGGACAAGAUGAUCCAAACGUCCAAGGGGGAGGUCAUCAUCACUAACGAUGGUGCAACGAUACUCAAGAGCAUCCAAGCGCUCCAUCCGGCCGCAAAAAUGGCAAGCGCGCUCGUCGAUCUCUCUGCCGCCCAAGAUGUAGAAGCUGGAGAUGGAACCACCUCCGUUGUCGUGCUUGCCGGUAGCUUCUUGGGCGCCGCUGAGAAGCUGCUGCAAAAAGGCAUCCACCCCAGUGUCAUCGCCGAUUCUUUCCUCAAAGCCUCACCAAAGGCUGUCGAGUUCCUAACAGAAUUAUCGACACCAGUGAAUUUGAACGAUGAGCAAAGUCUACUGCGAGCAGCCAGCACUUCUCUAAACUCUAAGAUAGUUUCCCAAUAUUCAUCCACCCUUGCACCCAUUGCCGUCGCUGCGGUAACACGACUGGUCACGCCAACAUCGUCCAAUGUCGACCUUCGCGAUAUUCGUGUUGUUAAAAAAGUGGGCGGCACUAUUGAAGACACGGAACUCGUCGAAGGGGUCGUGCUCAACCAGAAUGUCAUUGUGUCAGCGGGCGGCCCGACGCGGAUGGAGAAAGCCAAAAUCGCAAUCAUACAAUUUCAGCUGAGCGCGCCUAAACCGGACAUGGACAACACCGUUGUGAUCAACGACUACCGGCAAAUGGACAAAAUCAAGAAGGCCAACUGCAAUGUCCUUUUGAUCCAAAAGUCGAUUUUGCGUGACGCAGUCGACGACACAUCCCUCAAUUUCCUGAAGCGUCUCAAUAUCCUCGCUGUCAAGGACGUGGAGCGCGACGAGAUCGAGUUCCUAUCCAAAAGCCUUGGGUGCAAACCCAUUGCUGAUAUCGACGCGUUCACGGAGGACAAGCUGGGAUACGCCGAUCUCGUGGAAGAGGCUUCACAGUCGGAUGUCAAAGUUGUGAAAAUAACUGGCAUCAAGAACCGCGGGCGGACGGUCAGCAUUCUCGCUAUGGGAAGCAACAAUCUGGUCGUCGAAGAGUGCGAUCGGAGUUUGCAUGAUGCGCUUUGCGUUGUGCGCUGUUUAGUCAAGAAACGAGCACUCAUCUGUGGUGGCGGUGCCCCUGAAAUCCAUGUUUCAAGGCAACUCUCACAAUAUGCACAAUCGUUGAAGGGAAUGGAAGCAUACUGCUUCCAAGCCUACGCCGACGCACUGGAAGUCAUCCCCACUACUCUGGCCGAAAAUGCUGGGCUCAAUCCCAUCGCUAUCGUGACUGAGUUGAGGAACAGACAUGCUCUCGGAGAGAGAACAGCUGGUAUCAACGUUCGCAAGGGUCUUAUAUCGAACAUCCUGGAGGAAAACGUAGUACAGCCGCUGUUGGUGUCGACGAGUGCGAUUGAGCUGGCGACGGAGACGCAAGGUAGUAGAUUAGACGGCAUCAAAAAACACUUUACAUCAUGCCCAAACGAAGUGAACCCGACGCGUCAAGCUCAAGGGCGCCUCCCCAAAAAGAAAACGCGAUUUGUGGACCCCUCUGAGGACCCGGCCAACUUUGAAGAGCAGGUUGAGUCGAGUCUGGAGCAGCGGUCCCGCAAAGGACGGGUGAAGAAUGAGGGAUAUGAUUCUGAUUCGAGCGACGAUGGGGAAGGGGUGGUGCUCAGUCGGCGGAAAGACGAAGACGAAGAUGACGACAUGUUUGCUGUUGGGAAGGAGGACAGCAAAGGGGAGGAGGGAAAGAAGAAGAAGGAGGAGCAGUAUCUGAGGCUGGGGGACAUUGACGGCCAGGUGUUCGGCGACUCUGGCUCAGAUCACGCCUCGAUCAGCAGCGAAGAGGACGAGCCAGAAGACGAAGACGAUGCGGAGAGAAGAAAGAAGGCGGGGAUGGGAUUCGAGAUGUCGUCAUUCAACAUGCGGGACGAAAUGGAGGAGGGCAAAUUCACAGAAGACGGCAGCUAUGUGCGGACAUUCGACCCUCAUGGCACCCACGACCGCUGGAUGGAGGGCGUCGAUGACCGCGAAAUAAAACAGGCCAGGCGGCGGAAGCGGAGGCAGGAAAAGGAGCAGAAAGAGAAGAUAAAGGCGGAAGAAAAGGAAAUCCAAGAAAGCGGCGGCAUCGACGCGCUCAACCUCCAAUUACUCGCGAUGCUCAACAAAGGCGAGACCGUACUGGAAGCCCUCCAGAGGCUUGGUGUCGAGGCCAAAAAGGCGGGCAAAAAGUUUGUUUCAUUAAUUCACUGUGAAAUAAAUCUUGCUGAAAGUUUCGCCAGAGCUGGCAAAUCCAAAGCAGCAGACGCCGACAAAUCCAAGACGACACCAAUCGAAACCAUGACCCAUCUGGCAUCCACCAUCAUGUCCCUUGGAGACACAGACAUCUACUCCAAAACUUACGAGGAACUCGUCCGCGCAGUCCGUUCCUCAAAUCUCGUCGACGCCAAUUGGAUACCCCCGUCCAACGACAAAACAUAUGAAUACAAAUGGCGAGAAGGAAACGAAACCUUCGGGCCAUUCGGCAAAGAUGACUUACUCUCAUGGUUCAAAGCGUCGUAUUUUGGGUCAGUGGGAGAAAAAGUCCAGGUUCGGGAAGCAGGCGGGGAAUGGGGCAGCUGGGACGAUUUCUUUGACUGA